CUCCCUCCAAGGCCUCUAACCAGGAUAUUCAGCAGCAAUGAGCAUGGCACCGCAGUCCUACAGUACGCACACCCGUGACAGAAUACUACACCAUCCAUGGAGUCAGCGGGAGCAGGUACACCGGGUAGAGGAGUCGAGGAACUCUCCAGCGCCUCGACCAGCACAACCAGGGGUAUCUCUACCCAUCCCUCCUGGAUCCAAUCCCAGCGGGAUGAGUCACUCCCUUCCCAGGGAGUAUGAUGGGACGGCAGCACGGUGCCAGGGGUUCCUAUUACAGCUGGACCUAUACCUGGCCACCGUUCACCCAGCUCCCUCGGGAAGGGAGAGGGUGUCCUCGUCUCAUGAGAGCUCUGGAGUGGGGAAACGCCGUGUGGGGAGAAGGAGAUGCGGCGUUGGACCACUUUGAGGAGUUCACCCGCCACUUCCGGGCAGUCUUUGACCAUCCGCCCGAGGGUAGAGUGGUGGGGGAGCGGCUCUUCCACCUGAGGCAGGGGACGAGCAGUGCCCAGGAGUUCGCCCUAGAAUUCCGGACGUUGGCUGCCAGAGCAGGAUGGAACGACAGGGCCCUUAUCGACCACUACCGAUGCAGCCUGCGCAAGGUCGCCCGGCGGGAGCUGGCCUGCAGGGAUGCCACCAUCACCUUUGACCAACUGGUGGAUCUGUCCAUCCUGUUGGAUAACCUGCUAGUCACCCGCAGACGUCCAUAGAGGCCUCGGUCGGUUCCAUCUUCCAGCACCCCCGCUCCGGUGCCCAUGGAGCUGGGAGGGGCUGAGCUUAGGGAGGCUGGAGCCUUCACAUGCACCAACUGUGGCCGCAGAGGGCACACUGCCGGUCGGUGCCGGGUUGGUCCCUCUGGGAGUCGAGGCAGCAGGCAGGGCUCUCUGGCAUCACCCCAGGGGUUUCAGUUGUUCAGAGGUGAUGAGACUCUGUGUGAUGUCAUCCUAGUGCCUGGGGACAGCAGUGACACCUUCCCAGUACACAGAGUCCUUAUGGCCUCCGCCUGCGACUACUUCAAAGCCAUGUUCACAGGGGGUAUGAGAGAGCAGGAGAUGAGGGAGAUUAAGCUCCAUGGUGUGAGCAAGACGGGUCUGAAGAACAUCAUAGAGUUCAUCUACACAUCCCGGCUGAGUCUGAGUAUGGCCAACCUGCAGGACACUCUGGAGGCUGCCAACUUUUUACAAGUCCUCCCUGUCCUCAGCUUCUGCAACGAGCUGCUCAGCACUGAGAUCACUAUUGAUAACUGUGUGGAGGUGGAGCGCAUUGCCGGGGACUUGCUCCUGGAGGACGUGCAGGCCCACAUUGGGAAGUUUGUCUGUCAGAAUCUGUCAGUGUUGCUGCAGUCUGGCCGCUACCUGCUGCUCUCCGAGCACAGCCUAGCCAACGCCCUGGCCAGCGAUAGCCUCAAGGGCUUCUCUGAGAUGGAGCUGUACCGCAUCGCCCGCUCCUGGCUGGACCACGACCCUCCCACCCGCCGCACCGCCGCCUACUCCCUGAUGCGCCACGUCCGCUUCCCCCUCAUGACCCCCACGGAGCUGCUCGAGAUCUCCCAGGAGGACGAGGGGCACGACGACGGCGGGGCAGCCAUGAUGCGCUCGGACACGGCCUGCGUAAACCUCCUGCUAGAGGCCAGCAACUACCAGAUGAUGCCCUUCCUCCAACCUUCCUUACAGACAGAGCGCACGCGCAUCCGGUCCGACGCCACACACCUGCUGGCGCUGGGUGGGGUGAUGCGGCAACAGCUGGUGGUGAGCAGGGAGCUGAGGUUGUACGAUGAGGAGAGCGGCCACUGGAGGGCGCUGAGGCCCAUGGAGGUUCCAUGCUACCAGCACGGCGUGGCUCUGCUCGGGGGCUUCCUCUACAUUGUGGGCGGCCAGAGCACCUACGACACCAAGGGCAAGACGGCGGUGGACAGCGUCUACCGCUAUGACCCGCGCUUCGACCGUUGGCUGCAGGUAGCCUCGCUCAAUGAGAAGAGAACCUUCUUCCACCUGAGCGCCCUGAAGGGGAAGCUGUAUGCUGUUGGGGGCAGGAAUGCCUCAGGAGAGAUCGACACAGUGGAGUGCUACAACCUCAGAAAGAACGAGUGGAUGUUCGUGUCACCCAUGAUCGACCCCCACUACGGGCAUGCUGGGACAGUCCAUGGUGACCUGAUGUAUGUCUCAGGUGGCAUCACACAGGACACAUUCCAGAAGGAGCUGUCAUGUUAUGACCCUGAGACUGACACAUGGAGUCACCGUGCCGACAUGAUGGAACUGCGUGGCCUCCACUGCAUGUGCACGGUGGGCGACCGGCUCUACGUGAUGGGAGGGAACCACUUCCGGGGCAGCAGCGACUACGAUGACGUACUGGACUGUGAGUUCUACAGCCCUGAGGUGGACCAGUGGACGGUGGUGGCAGCCAUGCCAUGGGGCCAGAGUGAUGUGGGGGUGGCCGUGUUCCAGGGCCAGAUCUAUGUAGUGGGGGGCUAUUCCUGGAACAGCCGCUGCAUGGUGGACAUUGUGCAGCGCUAUGACCCAGAGAAGGAUGAGUGGGACCGGGUGUUCAACGUACUAGAACCACUGGGAGGGAUCCGGGCCUGCACCAUGACUGUGCACCUACCCGAGGGUGCCGUGGACGACGGACAGAUGCAUGAGUACCCGCUGGACACUGCCAAGAACUGAGAGCUGAGAGCAAGGACAUAUGGCUUUAGCCUCUGUGUUUGUGAUGCUGAAAAAUUUGACCUUUUUGCAAGCUUGGACUGUGGGAGAAGUGGAACGAACGUCUGCAGUAGAAUUUCUCUAAUAUAUCCGUACAUUUGGUUGACUGACUGUUCUUUUGUAAUCUUUGUGUCUUUUUCGUUUGAAUUAUUUUCGUAUCUGAAUGACUUCUGCGUUGCUCUUUAAUGUGAAACACCUCUCAAAAAGCUCCUUUUCAUGGAUAAUGUGUUUUUUACUUUGACAAUGUAUUUUCAAACUAUAAGUUAUGGAGUAUUUUGUAUUGUAUAUGAAUGACUAAUGAAAAUAAAAUGCAUACUAUUAA